CGCGUUCUGAGCCUCGGUGGCCGCCGUUGCCGCUCGUGUGGUAGCCGCUGGGUCCUGGUGCCCACCGGCCGGCAGGGUUCCGCCAUGAUUGUGAUGCUCAGAGCCCGCUGCGGCUCCUCGCUAACCGGGAAACUGCGGGACGCCGCCGCCCGGUACCGGCAGACGGUCACCAGCUGGAAUUCGAGCGCGAGCAGCAACAAAUACCGGGAGACGGUGCUGCUGCCCCGCACCGACUUCCCCAUGAGACCGAGCGGCCAGGAGCUGCUGGAAAAGGAGCUGCAGAUCCAGAGGGAAUGUGGGUUUUCAGAAUUAUAUUCAUGGCAAAGAAACCGGAAAGGAAAAGAAUUCUGUCUUCACGAUGGCCCACCUUAUGCUAAUGGUGACCCUCAUGUUGGUCAUGCCUUAAAUAAAAUAUUGAAGGAUAUCAUAAAUAGGUUUCAGCUGAUGAGAGGCUCCAGAGUUCACUUUGUACCAGGCUGGGAUUGUCACGGGUUGCCUAUUGAACUUAGAGCAUUGGCAGAAUGUGGUGAAGAAGCUAAAACACUUUCUCCUAUCGAGAUCAGACAAAAAGCCAAAGAAUUUGCAGAAAGAACAAUUGAGCGCCAACGAGCAGCGUUCAUUCGAUGGGGCGUGAUGGCUGAUUGGGAUAAAUGUUAUUAUACGUUUGACAAACAGUAUGAAGCUAAACAGUUAGAAGUUUUCCACAAAAUGUUUGAUGAGGGGUAUAUUUAUCAAGACUACAAACCCGUGUUUUGGUCUCCUUCCACAAGAACAGCCUUGGCUGAAGCUGAACUUGAAUACAAUCAGCAGCAUGUUAGUCGAUCGGCAUAUGUCAAGUUUCCUCUCGUAAAAGUUCCCUCCAAAUUAGCUUCAGCAUCAGGGGAUGCAUCCUCUGUUCAUGCAUUAAUCUGGACAACCCAGCCUUGGACAAUUCCAGCUAACCAGGCAGUUUGUUAUAUGCCAAAUGCUGAGUAUUCUCUAGUGAAGUGCUUAAAUACAGAGGAACUCUACCUUCUAGGUACAGAAUGUGUAGAAUCUACAGCAAAAAUCCUGGACGCUCAGUUUGAAAUUCUUCAGACAGUCACAGGUUCUGAUUUAAAAGGUGGAGUCUGUAGACAUCCCAUAAUUCCUGGAAGGGAAUCCCAGCUUUUGCCUGCGAACCAUGUCACAAUGGUUAAAGGGACAGGAUUGGUCCAUACUGCCCCAGCUCAUGGAAUGGAAGAUUACGGUGUUGCUUCUCACCACAAACUCUCUGUUGACUGUUUAGUGGAUGAAAAUGGCUUUUUCACUGAAGCGGCUGGAUUAGAGCUUCAAAACAAGUAUGUCCUCAAUGAAGGAAAUGAAACAGUUAUUCAAAUGUUGCAUGGAGCAAACAUGUUAUUGAAAGAGGACAACGUAAAACACAGUUACCCGUACGACUGGAGAACAAAGAAGCCAGUAAUUAUACGAGCCAGCAAACAGUGGUUCAUCGAUACUGCAAGUAUCAAGGGCAGAGCUCAGGAGUUAUUAAAGAAAGUAAAACUGAUUCCACAUUCAGCAAUGAACAGUAUGCUUGCCAUGUUGGACAGGCGGACAUAUUGGUGCAUUUCAAGACAGCGGUGCUGGGGGGUACCCAUUCCUGUUUUCUAUCACAAAGAAACUGCAGAGCCGCUCAUAAACAAAUACACAGGGAAUCAUCUUAUCAAACUGUUGAAAGAACACGGUAGUGACUGUUGGUGGACUCUACCUUUGGACCAGCUCCUGACUAAGGAAAUUUUAAAAAAGAGUGGAGGUUCUGAUGUGUCUGAUUAUGUCAAAGGAGAGGAUAUCUUAGAUAUUUGGUUUGAUAGUGGCACCUCGUGGGCACAUGUAUUAGAAGGUAAUGUUGCAGAUGUGUACCUGGAGGGGAAAGAUCAACUGGGUGGAUGGUUUCAAUCCUCACUGCUCACCAGUGUAGCAGUUGAGAAACAGGUUCCAUAUAGAAAACUGGUGGUCCAUGGAUUUACUCUCAAUGAAAGUGGUGAAAAAAUGUCCAAAUCCAUUGGAACUGUGGUAGAUCCAGAUGUUAUUGUUAAUGGAGGACUGGAUCCAAACCAAGACCCGCCCUAUGGGGCAGAUGUUCUUCGCUGGUGGGCAGCAGAGUCGAAUGUUUUCACAGAGAUUUUAAUUGGCAAAAAUAUACUGCAAGCAGCAAGAGAUGACAUUUUUAAGUUACGGAAUACAUUACGCUUUAUGUUGGGGAACCUUUAUAAUUUUAACCCUGAAACUGAUGGAGUUCCAAGUGAACAAAUGCUAAUGGUGGAUCAAUAUAUGCUUCAUCUCCUUCAAGAUUACAGCACCAAGGUUACAGAGGCCUAUAAGGAGUGUGAUUUUGGAAAAGUUAUUCGCCUUCUGUUGGCAUUUAUUAACCGAGAACUCUCUAACUUUUACUUCAGCAUCAUCAAAGAUCGAUUAUAUUGUGAAGAUGAGAAAAGCACCAAGCGUCUAUCAUGUCAGACAGUUUUAGAUGAAGUAUUAGAUGUAAUCACACGUUCUGUAGCCCCAAUCCUGCCUCACCUUGCAGAAGAAGUAUUCCAACACCAAUCAAACCAAAAAGAGCCUCAGAGUGUGUUUCGAACUGGCUGGAUAAAGGCCAGUUCUGUGUGGAGAAAGCCUGGCAUUGUGGAGGCUAUUGAAGGUGCUUGCGCAAUAAGAGAUAGCUUCUUGAGCUCUAUACCUGGCAAAAAUGCACUGGAAUACGAUAUAACCAUUAUAAUCGAGCCCAGUUUGUUGCUGGAAUUGAUGGAGCAACUACAGCGUGAGAAAAUAUCCAGUACUUCACAACUGAAUGAGCUGAUGAUGGCAUCACACACUACAUUGCUUCCUGCUAUUCCUCGGGACAUGCCUGCAGAGUCAGAUUUGAUUGAAGGGAAGUUUGAAAUCAAUUUAGAAGGUGGUGAUAUCAUUGAGGAAACAUCAUACAAAGUAAUUGUUCAUUCGGCUACCAAAGAAAGAUGUCCUCGCUGUAAGAAAUAUACAUCAACAUCAGCGCUGACACCCUGCCCACGUUGCCUGGACAUUAUUGCUGGGAAGUGGAGUGUUUAAUUUGUCAAGUUAUUCCUGUAAGCACUGAAUAUAAUAGAGAUGUAUGAAUGAAUAUGCAACAUAAAAGUAGAUUCCACCAUGGGGAACUAGAUAUUUCAUCAUCACAUUCCCACCUUUGAGGUCUUGUUAAAUUUUGGCAGGGCUUUGUCAAAAUUACCAACCCCAGUUGGAGAUCAGAGGGUAAGAUGAUUCUGCACAAAUGGAUAUGACAUAUCAGGUGUUUCUGGAAUUAAAUUUUGACGAUAGUUUUACAGAGGGAAUAAUAAUUAUUAAUUUCCAGUUUUCCCUACUCUAGUAUUAGAAAGGGUAUGUUUUGAUAUUUGCUUUUUUAAAUAGUUUAUACAAUUUGGGAGAAUUUGUUUGCAUUAUGGCAAUCAUGUCAAAUCUAAAUUGUUUCUUAAACAAUGUUCACAAAAAUUCCAGGUAAUACAAAUCUAUUGGGGAUCUAAUGAAUGGUUAUGUUGCUUGUUGUAAUGCAGAUUUAAAAGGAAUUGUGGACUGUGUAAUAAAGGUUUACUGGAUUUAUAUAUAGAAAGGCCUUUAUCUUUCAAAGAACGUACAAAGUGAACUUUAAAUGGCAAUAGCAGAGUAGGAAAAUUAAAUAUUGUUUGCUAAAUAUUUAAUGUGUUAUGAGUCUGAUGGAUUGGAUUAACCCCUGCCAGCUUUUGGCUACUUCAGUUCUAUAUGCAAGCAGUGUGCUCCUUGGACCCAUUGUAUGUAAAUAGUCAGAAUGCAUUCCAAAUAAAUUAUACAGAUGUUAGUUUCCAAACAGACUCUUAUAAAAUAACAAGUCGGACAAAAAAAACUUUAGUGUGCCUUCCUUGACCCUGGUAAUGGCAUAAGACAAUAAUAAGUUUUUGACUAAUCCUGGCAAAUGCUAUUAGCAACAGAUGUGAAAUUGCUUUGGGGCACUACUUUCAAAGAUAUCACACUGGUAUACAUUACUUAUGUGUGAAGUCCCAUUGAUUUACUGACUCCUGAACUGCUUCAUUUUAACCAACAUCACCUACAUCUGCAGUCCCAAGAGUCUGUUCCAUAGAUUUGUCACCUGAUUUUUGUGGAUCAGGUUUGAAUUUAUUGUAGGUACUGCCCUCUGGUUCAACUGUUAAUUUCACUUGGUCUAAAUCUAUAUUUAGUCUAUUUAUGAAACAACUCUUGGGGGAAAUCUACCCAAUUUAAACGCAGCAUUAAGCAUCCUAUCCAUCCUCUCGAUCUUAACCAUUGCCACUUCUUUUAACCAUCACAAAGAAACGGACAGUUUUAGCCUUAGUGCAAUAACCAAGGGCAUUUAAAAUUCGAUUUUCUACUUGACUGCUAAGUCAUCAAGUAAUUAAAAUAUCCUUGUGUUACCAAAUAUUAGUGCUCGGGCAUGGUGGAGCUUCUAUUUUCAAAGAACUAGAAAUGAUUUAUUUUUUAAUUGGAAAUUAGGCCAUUCCAGUUUUUGGCAGUGUGCAGAUUAAUGGAGAAAAUGAAAGGGUGCUUCUUUUCUGUGCUUUCAAAACCAUAGCCUUGAAACUUACAGCUAAUAAAACAAUGCAUCCUGAAAGUUACCACAUUGUGAGGGUAAUUAUUUCCAAAUCCCACUAGAAAUUUUAAAAAAGCUGCAUCCUGUCAAACUAAAUAGCAUGGUGUAGGGCUAGCUGCCAAUUCUAGCUUCCACGAUAGCCUCAGCUACAAGGGGCUGUUACAGUCCACUGGUAUUGUGCUUACCCUUGUUCAAGUGCCAUACGAAGCUGUUUCUGCAACAGGGUAGAACACUAGAACAGUCUGCUGGACACUCCUUCAGUCUUCAACAUCCCUUUUCGGAUAAUAUAAAGCAGAACACUACUGCAACAGCAUAUGAGGUACUACUGAAUCUUGAUACUCAAUCUGAUCAGAUUAUUCCAAUUACUUUUAACAAGCUUUUUUUCAAUAGGUCAAUUGGAUACUAUGAGUUAAAUGCACUUCUACAAACUAACUGCAAAGUAGGUGCUCCAUCUCAAUGCUACAAUUUUCUUUCAUUCACUUUAAUUUUCUGUAUUUCAGUUAAUUCUCAGUUUCACUGUAAUGUUUGGUUUAAAUAAAUCAACAUACAGUUCCCAUUAAGUAUUUUAUCUGUCAUAUUCAAGCAAUGCACUCCAAUUAUUUAUACAAAAAGCAAGUCAGCAGGGAUUGAAGUUUUUAUUUAGUUAUGAUCAAUAAUUUACAAUAUUACAAUUGGUUUUUGUCCACUGAUAAGUGUGGAAAUGUAUCUGUACACACAUUAGUGCUGUCUGAUCACUGUUCAUUUUGUUACUUAUACAAAUCCAAAAAAAAUUGAGGAAAUAAAAACUUUUGUCUUUAUAUUA